AUGGCUGCCUUCAACGUGGCCUUGGCGAAAGAUGAAGUUUAUGUGUGUGAAGCAGCAAACCCUUCCCAUGCUCAUACGAAUUCCCUACAAAGCACCUCUCCACCACCUCUUGCUAACCACCUCCUGCUCGAUCACCUCCUGCUCCACCAUCCCUGCUCCACUUCCUUCUCUAUCACCUCCUGCUCCACCAUCUCCUUCUCCGUCACCUCCUACUCCAUCACCCCAUCUCCUCACCUCCUGUUCCAUCAUCUCCUCACUCCACUCACCCUACUCACCACCACUUCCCCUAACGUCCCUCAUUCCCUCCACCACCCCCUCACUCCCUCCACCUACUCCAUCAUCAUUCCUCACUCCAUCAUCUACUUCCCUGUCCUCCUAUCUGUCCUCUCUCCCCUACUCCACCACCCCUACUCCACCACCCCCUACUCCUACCCUACUCCAACUCCUACUCCACCAUCCCCUACUACCAACCACCUCCACUCCACCACUCAUCCAUCCCCCUAUCACCCCUACUCCACCAUCUCCAUCCCCUACUCCUGUCACCCCCUCAUUCUACUCCAUCCUCUCUCCCUCCACUCCACCUCACUCCUCCACCACCCCCCUUCUCCAUUUCCUACUCCACCACCCCUACUCCAUCACUCCCCUACUACUCCAUCCUCCACUACCCCACCACCUCCCUACUCCACCACCCCCCCUACUCCUCACACCCUCCUACUCACCCAUCAUCCCUACUCCACUCCACCCCCUACUCCACCUCACCCCCUACUCCUCUUCUCCCUAUCCCCUACUCCAUCACCCCCUACUCCACCAUUCCCUCACUCCUCCGUCGUCUGUCCCUUCCCACUGCACCAUCCCCUACUCCGUUCAUCCCCCUUCCACUACUCCUCCACCACUCCACUACUCCUCCUCCCCCACUCCAUCACCCUGUCCUCCCACUGUCCCCUACCUCCACUCACCCCCUACUCCUCAUCCCUCUACAACCCCCACUCACCCCCUACUCCACCAUCUCCUACUGCCCCACUCCAUCACCCCUCCACCCCUACUCCACCCCCUAUCCCUACUCCAUCCCCUCCCCUACUGCACCAUCCCUACCUCCACCCCUACUCCAUCAUCCCCUGCUCCAUCAUCCCCUACUCCAUCACCCCCUCCAUCGUCCCCUACCAUCACCCUCUACUCCACCUCCUACUCCAUCCCCUACUCCCAUCACCCCCUACUCCAUCAUCCCUAUUCCAUCACCCCCUACUCCACCACCUCCUACUCCAUCACCCCGUACUCCAUCAUUCGUGUGUGUGA